CUUCAAUCGGUUGAUUUAUUAACACUGCAUUGUAUACCCGGAACCCGGAUUGAUAUAUACAAACAGUGUUAUAUCCGGAAAGCAGCAAUACCGCUGCGCUGGAUUUUGCAUAAACAAAUUCUGCUACAGACAAGGAAGGAUACACUGAUUGGGAGAAAUCAUUAUACGAACCUGAGAAUUAUAUGGCGGAAAUUCAGGGACCUGGAGAAGACCACUAGAGACAUGGCGAUCCUGAGCGAGAAGCAAAUAGCAGCCAUAAAAAAGCAUCGGUACUCAGUAGAGGGGACAUCUAUAAUGGAUUUUUUAGAUGUUUUAUACUUAUGGAUGGCUAAGAAGAUUCAUCACAGGGUUACAGCGAAUCUGGUGACAAUUAUUGGCCUCGUGUCGGUUGUUCUUUCGUGUUCCUUCGUAGCAUAUUUCAGUUACAUUGGAGACCAUCAGAGUUUGCAAUCCAGUGGAUAUUUGUGUGCAUUUGGACUCCUUAUGUGGAUGUCUUGUGACAGCAUCGAUGGAAAGGUUGCACGGCUCAGAGACUUGUGUAGUCCAUUUGGUGAGAUUCUAGAUCACGGGGGCGACGCAUUUGCCUUGAUGAUGUCAUCCGUUGCAUUAGCGUGUAUCUUAGGGGUAACAGACACCCCCCUUGGAACAGUGGCCUGGAUAUUGUGUGAUAUGGCUGCUUAUUACUUCUCGGAGCCAUAUACCAUUUACGUCUGUGGACAGAGCCGAAUAGAAAGCUUCGAUUUCUAUGAGUUCUUGACUUUGUACAUUGGAAUAUGCCUUAGUCAUGCCACAUUUGGAAAGGAAAUCUGGCAAUAUACGAUUUUUUCAAGCAUUGGCUUUAGGGUUAUUCACAUCUUUUAUGGAUUGAAAAUCUUGAUACCAUUGGAAAUAAUAUUUGGAAAAACAAAGCACUUUUAUGAUGCAGCAAAAAGUAAUAGAUUGAGUUUCUGGCAUUCCAUUGCUCCGGUUAUACCUGUUUUCAUCAUACUGACAUCAGCAUCAAUAGCCUUUGUUAGUGUUUCCCAAGAGGUCCUCAAAGAGAAUGCCAUCCUAUUCGGCCUUUGCUUUGGAUUUUGCUUCGCCAAGAUCCACAUCCAGUUAAUCAUUGCAAAAAUGUCGAAGACAACUUUUUACCUGCUCGACACUGCCUCGACUUUUCCAGUCGUUAUUAUGUGUGGUUGUGUUUUUAUUGAAACAAGAGCUGUUGAGAAAAACUUUCUUAUCUUUUCUACGAUUGCCACAGGCUUGGAUGCCAUGAUUUACUUCAUUCGCUUGCUACACCAACUCUAUCAUAGCCUUGGAGAAACACUAUUCCUUUUGGACCAUAACCGGAACCAAUGCAAGAAAAGCAAUGGCUUUUCAAAAUAACAGCAAGGAAACGAUACAUCUGGUACAAAAUUUUACAAUAAUAAAUCCAACAAGCUAAUUCUUCCUUUAUUGUGCUUAUAAGAGCUUAUUGAAAAAUCAUUUACCACAUGAUAUGCUAAUGCCCCCCCCCCCCAUAUUUUUGCAUGAUGGCCAUAAUUUCGUGCGUGAAAUCGUGAAAUCGUGAAAUCUCGAUUUUUUAUGCGUGAUUUCGUGAAUUAAGAUUCCUACGUGAAACAUGAAUCAUCAGUUUUCCUUGGGUUAUGCUGUGAAAAGGCUUUAACCAUCCGUGAAUUCGUGAAUGAAAUUUCGAAUGAUAAUUUAGAAGAAUUGCCUCAAUUUGGUGCGUAAUAAACCAAUAGUAGUUAAAUCUCAAAUAAGUAUUCAAAGUUUGAAAGUAGUGUUGUAGUCUUUCAAACAGAGCUCUGAUGAGAAAUAGCUGAUACAACAUUUAUUGUUUGCGUGAGCGUGAAAAUCCAAUUUUGCAGUUCGUGAAUGCGUGAAAAGUAAAAGAAUUGUGCAUGAACGCGCGAAUCACAACCUCUAUGGGGGAGGGGGGAGGGCCCUAUUGCGACGAGUUAUUUGAAUUCAUAAUAAGAAAAUUUGUUUUGUUGACUAGGCUGAGUUGAGAAUUUAUAUAAUAUUUGUCGAUGACAAUACAUUUAUGAACAAGACUGCACAUUUGAGUAAAAUACUUUUAGUACUAUUCGCUUCGAAAUGCAUUUAGUAUCAUCAUGAUACUGAAGUAUUAAACAGAUUUGAUUUGAAGUAUUAUGUAAUUACGUAAUUCAAUUUCUCUGUCAGUUAUAACAGAUCUUGAUUUUUGCAAUAAUAGGUUAAAAAUUCUUCUUGAGAGGUAGCAGUUCUUCUUGACUGGGAACCAUUUUUGUUCAUUUUCUUAGUGUUUUAUCUUGUUUAAAGAUAAGUUGUAUUUUCUAACUUGUUUAUCUUUUUAAUGGCCCUCAAGCUAAUUAUGCCAAUUUACAUAGUAAUCGAUAUCUUCUCUGAAUCGGACUGUUUGUAAGUAAAAAGUGGAAAGAAGAAGGUAUUUUCAAAAAGAGGCUUUUUCUGGCGUUCUAGAGGGCGUGACCCUCAAAAUUUUCGGUGAUGCCAUUCUCAACCAACCCACUUUGAGACUGUUCCGCUGUGCUUUCAUGCCUGUAAAUACUUUCUUCUUCCGGCAAGGAAGAUUGCUUAGAAGCGCUACUCUUGCUCUCUUUAAGCCACAAUGCACCUGCCUCUAGCUUCUGCUAUUUUUCACAAUAGUCGGGAUCCUUGUGUAAUUCCGCUCGAUUUGCGUGCCAAAAUUGAUUUUUUUGCAUGAAUGCCUACAAAUAUCUAUCAAUAAUAUAAAAAUCAUAGGUGCCAUUUUUUUGGAUCAUCGGAAGUGGGUCUUACUGGGGUGCAAAUCACGACCGGUCAAAGCAAGUGUCUCUGCGGAGGAGAAAAAUGUCCCAAUCACAAUAGAUGAUUAAAACUAACUUUAAAUUAACUUUAAAUUGUUUUCAAAUGUUAACUGGGGAAAUCUAUAAAACAUUUUAAACAUCAGCUUUAGUGGAUAACAUGGAAAAGCUGCUGAGAAUAUAGGUGUAUUAAGCCUGGUUUCCAUAUGAUCGCAAAAAACGCAAGAAACGCAAGAAUCGCUUAAAUUUGUGACUUGCGAUCUCUGCGAGCCUUGCGAUCCUGCGAUCCUUGCGUAUUAAUGGAAACUGCUCUAUUCCGUCUGUUGCGAUUGUUGCGAUUUUUGCGAUUCUUGCGUUUGAGAUAGAAAAUUUUCUAUCUCUGCGAUUCUUGCGAUCUUUGCGUCGAUGGUUUUUUAAUGGAAACCGCUUGUUAACAACUUGGCGAUCCUUGCGUCAGUUUAUCCUCCAGGAUGCUCUACCAAGCCUCGCAUCCAUUUAUUUUUAUCGAAAUUUCAAGCUGGCUUUUGCAACAGAAGAAGACCUUGCUUUCAUAGAAGAAAUACAACAGUACGACUGCCUUUUUAAUAAGAAAAGCCGGGACUUUAAGAAAAAGUUCAAGAAAAUGCCUAAAGAAGUAAAAACUAACAGGCACCGAGGUUACAUCAUUCCAACCUGAAAAAUUAGGCCUACCUGAAAAAGUACUCCCGAUCGUGAAUCCUCAGAUCCUUUGUGAGUGUGUGAAGCGAACCGUGUUCUUCUCUCCUCUGAAUAAAUUUUCUCACCCAAAACCUAUGUUUUUUUCUUGCACGACGUUCUCUAACUCUUUUCAACAAUGCAAUAAUAAUGAACAAGCUCGAUUGCAGCAGACAUUGCUGGUUGAUUCCAGCCAUUUUAAUUUUGGCGCGCCCAAAGUCGAAUCAUUAUUCGCGGGAAUCGCAAGGAUCGCAGUGUAUUUCUUGCGUUUUUUGCGAUCAUAUGGAAACCAGGCUUUAAGAAACAACGAACAGUUUAAACACGUUAAUGAAUUUCGACUCCCUCUCCAGAAUCGGCGUCUGUCUCUUCACCUGCGGCGUAGUAUUUAAUAUUUUCCCAAUCUACACAUUUGCAUAGUUCAGUGCAUGACAGCCCAUUCUUCAAACACGAAGAGCUUCCUCGUCCCUUGCAUCGAACCUUGCAUCCGCAUUUGACAAGUUCAAGAACUGAUUGCGGGGCUGGCAGCUCAAGGCACUUUAUCGGUACUUCCAUACCCUCAUCCAUUUGCCAACCGUUUCCCACAAGAGGUUGAAUUUCAUUAUUCGCAGUUGUAUAUUUCUUUGAAAUUCCAGCAAUAAAACUUGCUCUUUGUAUGUGGGGAAUCAAUGCUCCUAAAGUUGGAGGUAACUUUUCUGGUUCCAUGUUUUUCUGCUAAACUCUCAUUUUCUCCCUAAACUCACAUUUUGGUACCCGAUUAUUUGUAUAUACAUGUAUCGAUGUCACAAAUUCAAUGUAUAUCUAUACACAGUCUGAAUAGCCCCAAUACCUAUUUGCACACCGCUCUUGUACUUACGUAUGAGUACGCAAGUAUUUUUAUAUACAUAUAUUUAUGUCACUAUUACAUUUUCUUUGCCUAACCAUUGUCCCUCCAUUGGCACUACGAGCUCGUAGUAUAUUCUUAUUGAAUACAUGAUAUAUACCUCUAUGGUGAGGCUACAUGAAUAAACUGGAUACACAUGAACGUGGAAAUCCCGUUCUUUUCUAUACAACGCUACGAUUCAAUGAUACACCUUUGCUGGCAUCAUCCCUGGGCGCAGGGGUGAGGGGGCACCCAGGUGUAAAGGAGCAUACUGAUCAUAAGCCCCGAAAUGCUCUACCUGAUGGAUUGGCUGAUGAACUAGCAAGAACUCAGAAAUUAUAAAAGACAACUUAUAUACAUGUUUAUAUAUGUAAUAUGUAGCAGUAUAGUAUAUAUAUACUGACACACGCCCCUAUCUAGUUGGGUACACUAGGUACACUAUUCUAACAACAAACUGGAUCCCAGAUCUCCUAACGACACAAGAUUUUGUGAGAGGGCCCAGUGUGAUCUGGUUGAGGUUGGUAUUACACUGUUUUGUCUCAGUUUUUGACAAGCUGUGCUUGUCCUUUUUUAUGGUUUCAAACAAAAAUUGCAUUAACACGUCAUAUCAUCCCAGUUGUUUUAAUAAUUUUUUUGCUUAAAGAUGUUAUUCAUACUAACGGUCAUGCUAACGGUCAUGGACCCUCGUUAGAAAAUCCUUGGACUCUAAACUUCAAUCAUUCAUUUAACUUCAUUCCUUGAGUUUUUUUGCCCCUCUUUAUCGCUGAGAGGGCUGAUGUGGCUUAGUCUACAAUAAAUCCCAUAAUGUACUUAAAACAAUACAGUAAAUAUUGCUCUUAUCUUUCAGCAUCUUGUGGCCCCUAAAUCUUUCUACCCCCCCCCCCAUCCCCAAUAUGCUCCAGGAGCCCUGCCUCUUGAUGUUUCGCUUCGAUAUUAGAAGUUAUAGAAAUGAGUUUGACGUCAAUAUCAAUAACGUUCAUUCAUAAACUUCAUCCAGGAUGAAGUUUAUAACCAAUUGGAUUAGAAAUCUCCUUACAUCGAUUUAGGGGGUAAGAAGUCACGUGACUAUAAAUUUCCAUUUCUAAGUAAGAAAGUGAUUAAAGACAUGUCCCUGAUAGCAUUUUGAAGCAAUUUGUUGAAGUUCGGUCGUUCAAAGCUCGUUCUUAUCAUCUAUUACGAUUGAUAGUGUUUGCUCCUCCGCAGAGGAACUGACAUUGACCGCACGUCAUUAACGCCCCCGUUAAACCCCUUCCGCUUUCCUAAAAAAAUGGCACCUAUGAUUUUCGUAAUCUAGAUGGAUAUUCAAAUACAUUCAUGCAAAAAAAUCGAUUUUGGCACGCAAAUCGAGCGGGAGCAAUAAUUGUGACACAAGCGACCGGACUACA